GCGCUGUAAAAGGGGGUUGGCCUUGUGCUUCAGCGUGCGUGCGUAUCUGUGCUUCGUAGGUGAAUCUUCGCGAGGCUGUAUGUAAUUUUUAUCGGCCACCUGCAGCAACAUAAGGUUAUUAGGUGAGCGCGCUUGUUCCCGUUGUGUGUUCGGUCCAGUGGAUGGAUCCAAGUAUUGGCUGGUUUCAGCCUGAACAUCAAGGGCCGGCUCUACGACUGUGGAACUCCAUCUGGGAAACCCAACAAGGCCUAGAAACUAUGGAUCUCAAUUCAAACUCACGAGCACCAGAGUAUAUAUCAGUUUCUGGUUCGACAGACAGUACGGCUGACCAAAAAAAGACUGUCAGUGGCAAAAAUGACUUGACGAGCGUGACGGACAAAUUUUACAACCCCACGAAGCGAAAAAGGGACAACCGUGCCAGUACUUACGAUCUCAAUAAGAACGUGCAUUUGAUUAGUCAAUAUGGCGGCACGCCUUGGCGAACUGACGGAAAGCGAUUACACCAGAGCAUCGUUGGAUUGCACGAGGAAAUCGAAGAGUUCUACUGGUACAUGCAGCCAUCUCCUGCAGAACACAACAUGCGGAUAGGCGUUAUCCAGAGGAUACGCAACGUUAUCCUCUCACUAUGGCCACAAGCGAAGGUGGAGAUCUUUGGGAGCUUUCGUACCGGGCUAUAUCUACCCACAAGCGAUAUUGAUGUCGUCGUUCUUGGCAAGUGGGAAACACUACCCAUGUGGACUUUGGAGAGAGCCCUGCAAAGCCACGGCAUUGCUGAGCCUCAUUCUAUAAAAGUGCUCGACAAGGCCUCGGUGCCAAUUGUGAAGCUGACGGAUGCAAAAACUAGUGUCAAAGUGGACAUCAGCUUCAACAUGAACAACGGUGUAAAAAGUGCACGUCUUAUCACGUACUUCAAGGAGAAAUACCCAGUUCUUCCAAAGCUUGUACUGGUACUGAAGCAAUUCCUCCUUCAGCGGGACCUGAACGAGGUGUUCACAGGGGGCAUCAGUUCGUACUCUCUCAUUCUCAUGACUGUCAGCUUCCUGCAACUUCACCCUCGUGGAGGAGAUGCUCCAAGUCCAAACCUUGGCACGCUCCUACUUGAGUUCUUUGACCUGUAUGGCAAACAUUUCAACUACUUUCUAACGGGAAUCAGAGUAAAAGAUGGUGGUGGCUACAUACGCAAGCAAGAAUUGAUUCGUGAUACACAAGAUGCCUUCCGCACUUCAAUUCUCUGCAUCGAGGACCCCCUUACACCAGGGAACGAUAUUGGCCGUAGUUCAUAUGGAGCACUGACAGUGAAAAAGGCUUUUGAAUAUGCAUACAUGGUCCUGAAUCAAGUAGUAAAUCCUUUCCACACACCCAUUACGGAUUCCAAACAAAGCAUCCUUGGCCGUAUUGUCAGGGUAACUGAUGACGUAAUUGAGUACAGGCAAUGGAUCCAGGAGAAUUUUUCUGCAAACAACAGUGGAUCAUCUUUACCAGAGCUGCAGCCAUUAAACCUCCCACUGGAAACCAAAGGAAUCCAAGGUGCUAAAGAAAAGGGUGUCAGCUUGACUCCCCUGAAUGAAAAUGAUGGGAGCUCAUCAUCAGUUGAAGGGCAAUCCUCGCAUGGCUCAUCAGCAACCCCGUCAUUCAAUAGCAGCCCUCAACACAGUUCUUGCUCAAGUGUUGGCAGUGACACGGACUCUGACCCUGUCUGCGAUCCUAACUUGCGGAAGCCUACACAAGUUGGAAAGCAAGGACACGCGGCUUAUAGUGUUGCACCAACAGGAGGAAACAAUAAUAGUGUGAGAGGUGGCCAUCAUGGGAGCCGUGCCUUUUUCUCUACACACAAACAAAGACGUUUUUCACCAGGAGGGGGCAACACUUCCACAGAUCAGGCUUGCCGCAGUUUUGCUAACCGGCGACGACGAAACCCAGCACGCCCCGUUGGCCGGGAUGCUGUACUGGUGGCUCCAGGCCUGUUUACCAGAGAAACUCUGUAUCCUGUCUGUGGCCUGAGGUAGUGAGUCCUUUGUUUUGUUUUUUGCAUGUGUGAGCGAAACUCGGACUUGCUCUAUGUCGGCAACAAGCCUUUCUGCUGUGCUCAAGCCCUCCUCAUGGGGGUUGAGGGGGCUACCAGCAGGAGUAUUGUUUCAAGGAUUCAUCAGUGUAGGCAGUGUGAGCCAUCCAUGGUGAAACAGGAAGUCGAUCUCUCGGAAGCAAGCAGCAGCAGAGCUGCCAUCAUUGAAGCUGGUCAUCUUUCUUCUGCUCUUCAAUCUGUGUUUGCUCCAAAGAGUUUGGUUGUGCUGCAGCCAUCAUAAUCAUCAUCACCAUCAUCAACUACACUUCGUUCCACGUCAUUGUGUGUUGCUUAUGUUUGUACAUGUGUAUGUGCUAAUCAAUGUCCAGUCUUGUUUUUCUCCUUCUGUAUAUAUUUUCUAUUUAUUAAGUAUGUGCACAUACUAGCUAUGUGCAUGUGCACAAAAAUAUACAAAAAAAAUUUAAAAGGUACAAAAGCUGUUUUCUUCCAAAAAGUGAUGCAGUUCAUGUGCAUAGUACUGAAAAGGAAAAAAAAAACUGCCUGGCAAUGUAGUCAGUAAGUUUUCGAGCUGCAUUUCUUUUUCUUUUUCCCCUGUGGUGACCUUUCAAUCACCUUUUGAUUUGUGUGUUGUUCAUUAUUGCAGUUAAGGGCUAAGCAUUUGCUUUGAAACGUCCAUAUUUAUUUGUCUGCAUGGGCAAGGUUUGACUGGUGUAAAUAUGAAUGCUUUGGAUGUGUAAUAGCUAGUGUAUUUGCAAAUGCAACUUUUUGCUUCAGAGCAGGUAGCUGUGUCUGUACAACUUGGUGACUGUGACAGGCUGUCAAAGGCAAGGUCAAUUUUUUUUUUUUUUUUGCUUUGUUUGCAGUGAUUCUGCCAGCCACCUUGCCUAUAGUUUCUGGGAGGUGGGAGCUCGUACAAUAUUUGAUACUGUGAACGUGCUACCUGGAAGAUGAGGUCUCCUGUCUUUUUAUGUACUAUUUGAACCAAGAAUGGUGCGUGCUGAGGAUGGCACUUUUAAUAUUUACUUUUUUUUUCAUUCCACUCUUUUUAGAGCCUUUCUUUCAGGUUUGUUUUGUUACAUCUGUAUGUAACGUUGGACAUCGACAGUGAAUGACCACCCCUCCCUGUUCAUGCUUACAACAAUUCUCACUCAUCCCUUCCCGACUUGCAGUUUACUGCUGUGGCUUGACAUAAAAUACUUUUGUGCUGAGAUGCGAUGGUUACAAGUGAAACAAGUUUUGUUUAGAAUGCGGAUUGCUGCACUUAUCCCUGUCUUCCAGAUCCAUUUUCUACCCUCCUUACAUUUUUGUCUAGCACUUUUUUAACUAGCUUUUUUUUCUUCUUUUUGCAGCAAGUGUGAAUGUUGAAAUAGUAGUGUAAUGAAGAGUACUUAGAGGGCGAAAGUUUUCCAAUUGCUCAAGGAAGAGCAAAAGGGCUGGCGUGGGACGUUUCUACAUGCUCACUGUCAAUAGUUUUUGUUAGGUAUGCCAUGUGGUUUGCGUCAGUGCAGAAAAGACUCAGGAUCUUUGAGGCCGUCGACCCAACUGAUCUUGAAACGUGUGUUCCCUCAAUGAUGAAGCAAAGCUAGUCUGUCUGCUGAGCAUGCAGUGUGGUGUGCAAAGUACUUUGAAAUAGUCCUGUUGGUUGGAGUGACUUGUGAGACUGCUGCAGCCAUGCCUUUCCUUUUUAAGAAUGUUGGUGCUGCUAGGAGAAAGAGUAUUGUGGCCUCUCUCCUGUUUUGAAAAGCUAUUUAAUAUCUCGUUUACAUGAUUGAAAAAAUUACUGCCAUUGCUCUGUGUGUCUGUGCUUGCAUAACUGUGAGCCAGAAAUGAGUUCCCCCCCCCCCCUCCCCUCCCCUCUCUUAAUGAAGACCAGGCACUACUCCAACCAUCGCGCACACGUCUUAAGCUAUGUCAAGGUGUUCCUCCCGUUGAAGGCAUUACUACGCACAAGAAAAUAGAUCCCUGUGUUUCAGCAUGUAUAUGCAUCAUGGCUGUCAUCCUAGUCACGACAAUGGUGUAAACUGAACAGAGCAGCAUGCAAGGUGACAGGCCUAACCAGAUGUGUUACUUAAGAUGUUGAAGUCAUUAUCUAUGCAUUAUGGGACAAUGUAACACCGUUUUGCUGAGGACUUUUAUCCGUGAUGCUGAAAUGGAAAUAAAGAUCAACUAGGAAACUGGUU